UCAUUCCUUUCUUCUUUCUACAAUCAAAGAACAGAGAUAAGGUUAAAGCCAAAAACUCUGUCUGAACAAACAACAAAAACAAACAAAAAAAAAAAGGAAGAAAAAAGCUUCUCUUCUCUCUCGCCAAGAUCAAGAACAAUGGCUUGCACUAAUCUAACAACAAUGUGGGUUUCGUCAAAACCAUCUCUUUCUGAUUCCUCUUCCUUAUCCUUCCGAUCUGUUCUCAACCCACUUCCUCUCCCAAAUCACAACUCAUCUCCAUCAAGAUCUUCCUCUGUUUCUCCAAUCCAAUCGUCUCUUCGUGAGCUCAGAGACAGAAUCGAUUCAGUCAAAAACACUCAGAAGAUCACCGAAGCAAUGAAGCUCGUCGCUGCAGCAAAAGUCAGGAGAGCACAAGAAGCUGUCGUCAAUGGCCGACCAUUCUCAGAAACCCUAGUUGAGGUUCUCUACAACAUCAACGAACAGCUUCAAACCGAUGACAUCGAUGUGCCCUUAACCAAAGUCAGACCGGUUAAGAAAGUGGCCCUCGUUGUCGUAACCGGAGAUCGAGGAUUAUGCGGGGGAUUCAACAAUUUCAUCAUCAAGAAAGCAGAGGCAAGGAUCAAAGAGCUUAAAGGCCUUGGUCUUGAUUACACAGUGAUUAGCGUGGGGAAGAAGGGAAACUCGUAUUUCCUCCGUCGUCCGUACAUCCCCGUCGACAAAUACCUCGAAGCCGGGACUUUACCGACGGCGAAAGAAGCUCAAGCCGUGGCUGAUGAUGUCUUCUCUCUGUUCAUAAGCGAAGAAGUCGAUAAAGUCGAGCUCUUGUACACAAAGUUUGUGUCUUUGGUCAAAUCAGAACCCGUGAUCCACACGUUAUUGCCCCUGUCUCCUAAAGGAGAGAUCUGUGACAUCAACGGCAACUGUGUGGAUGCUGCGGAAGACGAAUUGUUCAGGUUAACGACGAAAGAAGGGAAACUGACCGUUGAAAGAGAGACUUUCCGGACAGCAACUGCUGAUUUCUCUCCGAUCUUGCAGUUCGAGCAAGAUCCUGUUCAGAUUCUUGAUGCUUUGUUGCCUCUGUAUCUUAACAGUCAGAUUCUUAGGGCUUUACAGGAGUCGUUGGCUAGUGAGCUCGCUGCUAGAAUGAGUGCAAUGAGUAGUGCUUCGGAUAAUGCUUCGGAUCUUAAGAAAUCGCUUUCGAUGGUGUACAAUAGAAAGCGUCAAGCUAAGAUUACUGGUGAGAUUCUUGAGAUUGUUGCUGGAGCUAAUGCACAGGCUUGAUUUGUUUGGAACCUCUUUGAUCAUCUUUGAUAUAUGGCAGACUCUCUUUUUUUAUUUCGUUUUCGUUCGUAUAAUGUAUAAUGAUCUAGAACUCGUUAUGAUCCUUUCUUUAUUAUCAUGGAAUUACAAAACAUAAUGCGGUGCGGAUAUGUAUUUAUUUUGGCCUGUCAUUGGAUAAAGUAUAAGAAAUCUUCGUUGAAGAUUUUAAGAUUUCUGGUUGUGAAUGAGGAGCUUUUGGAGGAUCCUUUGAAGGAAUAAGAUUUGUUUUUGUACUCAA